ACAUUUCACUGCGCGAAAAAUCACUUACACCACACACACACACACACACUCGCAUCCCUCUCUCUCUCUCUCCCUCUGUCUGUCUGUCUUCAUACCUCUCUCUCUUUUUUACCCUCUCCAUCCUUCCUUGUGUUCGCGUGUCUGUUCCAGCCUGGUGUGUUCUGAAGGGAGGAAUUGGACACUUCUGCACCCACUCAGGACCCGUUCAAUUCCAUCCUCUCUCUCUCUCUCUCUCUCUCUCUCCCUCUCUCUCUCUCUCCCUCUCUCUCCUCCUGCCUGACACGAGCCGCCGAUCGGACACUAAAGAAGAAGAAGAAGUUCGGAGCACGUGACAAAGAGCCGGAACGCUCAUAUUUAUUUAUUUAUUUAUUUAUUGAAUCUGUCUUACUAUUUAUUUGCAAACUAUUUAUUAGCUUACUUCAAGGAUCUACACAAACAUGAAAUUGCUGCUCGACUCCUCCUCCUCGCUGCUCUUCUCCGUCCUAUUGGCUCAGCUGCCGUUGUUUACGUCGGCGCUUCCCGCCCACCCGCGACGUCCCCACGCGGAUUUUGACAAGCUGACCAACCAGACGAGGCAUCUGCAGAAGAUGACCCACGACCUGAUCAAUGACCACAAGGGUGAACCGGUGAGCGACCACCACAAGUUCAAGUCUCUUCCAGCCAUCAACAGCAGAGCCAAUGACCUCAGCAACCUGGAGUUAAAGCCUACACUUUCUCAGCUCCAUGCUGACUUCAGGGCUUUUGAGCACCAUUUCGAGUGGCUAAACAAGUUGAACCAAAAGCACCAUCACUCCUCAGCAUCAAAGCUCGGAGAAAUGAUCUCACACAUUCGGAAUCUCAUCAACCUGCUACAUCGCCAGAUGCUUCAUGUGGACGCCCCUCGGAUCGCCGUACCUUCUCCCUCCCUCCCUCCACAAGCCUCUCAAUGGGAGAUGAAUCAAUCUUCACAGGUGCUUCUUCAGAGGUUCAGGCUUUUCUGUGAUUGGGCAGCACGUGCUUUACUCAGCCUCAAGUCCAAAACACAAUGAGGACUGCCAUUUCAACCCUGCAGCCAAUCACCGCCCAGAAUUUGUGAAUGGCGCCUUCUUCAGCCUUUCCUCUGUCUCUGCCUCUAUGAACUACCGGUUUGGUGCAUAUCCGAGCUGAUCCAAAUGGCAGCAGUGUUGUCUAUCUGAUCUGAUCUGAUUAGUAGUCAUCGGCACAUCGAAGCCACAGCGCGAACGUGAGAACUCCACCUGUCAGUUACAGCUGGGAGUGUUUGGACUUCAGCGUGCAUCACUGCCAACAGCCUGCUUUUCAUCUCUCACUGACAUAAAUUCAUCUAAAUUUCACUUUCUUAUCUCAUUUUUUUUAAUUCAAACUAUUCAUUAUUUAUGUAUUUAUUUAUUUAUUGAGCAGUUAUUUAGUUAUUUAUUUGGUGUCGUUAUUUAUUUGACUCUUUGAGUAAAAAAAAAAAAGUCAUUUUCUUUACAGUUAUGUUUAAGUUUAAGCGUAAAAUGUACUUCCUGUUUCUCUCUUUCCUAUAUUAUUGUCUUCUAACCAUUCUUUUUAAAACAUCUGUUGAUAUGCCUCUUAUUUAACAAAGUGUAUUCUCCUCAUGUCUCUUUUCUUUUAAUUCAGGAGUCAUGGGUUCAUGAUUGUUACCUAGAUUGUUUUGCCACUAGAUGUAGCAAUAUUGCUGGAUUUGUAAGGUGUCUUAGUUUAAGAUGAUAAAUUAGCAAAUGGCAGGAAAAAAAGUGUCACAAUGCACCGACCUACACCAUAGCUGCCUUUUUUUAAAUCAUUUUUUGUCUCCUUCUUUGCACAGUAUAUUUGGGUUUGUGUUUUGGAUCUUCUGAUUCAGAUGAUGUGCUUCGACGGCUAAUCAAUUUUAAAUGAAAGGAAAAAAAGACAAACAACCCAAGCCUUAAAAUACUAUGUAUUGUGAUAUUGUGACUGUUUGGUAAUGUACAAGUGUACAUACAUCAUCCUGAAUGUAAAUUGUUAUGUACAGCGCAAAUGUGUCUAUAUUAUAUUAUAGUUUUCUAUGAUAUAAGGCCCCUUGCUCUAGCAGUUGUAUCGCAAUAUCAAAAAUUAUUCUGUUUUGAUUAUUUUUUAGUACUUUGAUAUACUAUUUAUUAUGUUUUCAUGUUAUUUAUUUUCACUGAAGAGAAGCAAGCCUUCUGUAAUUUUUAUACUUUUAUACUACUUAUAAUCAGGCUUUAUCAUUGCUGUUAAAAUUUUAAUGUUCAACUCACGUGCUGUAAGUGGCAUUGCUGUUUGAAAAAAGGUGUCAAGAGUGUGGCUGAUACAAUAAAG